AUGAUUGCUGGAGCAUUCUACAUAGCAAAGACCAAAGUAAAUUCAACAGCUCAAGGUGAUGAUGCCUACUUCAUAUGUGGAGAAAAACAAACAAUUGGCGUGGCAGAUGGUGUGGGUGGUUGGGCCAAGUUAGAUGUUGACCCUGGAGAAUAUGCUCGGCAACUAAUGAUUAAAUUUUUUAAAGCAAUUCUAAUGGAACCAGAGGGAAAAAUCAAUUUAAAAAGAGUUUUGAAUCAAGCUUUCUUAGACACCAAUGCUAAAGGAUCAUCAACUGCUUGCAUAAUAAAUCUGAAAGACCAUUGCUUACAUGUUGCAAAUGUGGGAGAUAGUGGUUUUAUGUUGAUUAGAAAAGGAGGAGGUAUAUACAAAUCAGAGAUUCAACAACGUUCUUUUAAUCAUCCAUUUCAGUUGGGUAAAUUAUAUGCCGAUGUUCUCGAUUCGGUACAGCAAUAUAAGGUUGAUGUAGAAGCAGGAGACAUUCUUAUAGUCGGCACAGACGGGCUGUUUGAUAACAUGUUUGAGAAUCAAAUCAAAGAUGUUGCAGAAAAAUCGACAGAAGGAGGUAUUGAUCCAGCGCAGGUGGCUCGGGCAGUAGCUGAGAGUGCUUAUCAAAUUUCCUUGGACAAGAAUGCGACUACACCAUUUAUGCUAGCUUCUUCCAAGUCUAGAAGGCAUAGAUCCGGUGGCAAAGUUGAUGAUAUAACUGUCAUCGUUGCUUACAUUGUUCACGAUUAG